AUGCCCACCAAGCUCAAGCUGCUGCUGCUGAGCGACCUCGAGGGACAGACCGCGCGCGUGAACCAGCUCUGCGAGGAGAUCGUGAGCUCCGAGGACUGCGACGUGGAUGCCGUGCUCGUGACCGGCGGCCUGGUGGCCAAGCGCGGGCAGCACGACUACGAGGCGCUCGAGGCCGUGGCGGCCGCCGAAGGAGACAUGAUGGCGCUCAUCUCGCGUCUCGAGAUGAUCAUCUGCCGCGUGCUAUACAUCCCGGACGACAACGACCCGCCCACGACGCGCAGCAUCGUCGCGUCGGCGCCGUCGCUGACCCAGUACUCGUCCAAUGUGUACUGCCGAGAGGACCAGCUCGUUGAAGGCGUGGCUGUCAUGGGCGAAGCGCGAUAUUUCAAAUUGGUGAACGACGGCAAAAACCCCAUGCAGGAUCGUGACAUGGUGCUGGUGCUGCGCGACUCGGCGGUCAAGACCCGACUGCCCGUGGUGGAGAGCUCCUUCUUCGCCGGUUUGCUGCCGAUGCUGCAGUCCAACAAGCCAGAGGAGCCUCGGGCGAUUGAAAUUAUCGGUGGCAGCGACCAGCACCCGCACGCGCAGCUUCCGUUGAUCUAUCCAGGCACCACGUACGACUCGUACUGGGAGAAGCCUCGCCAAGACGCGCCGAGUCUGCGCGAGCUGGAGCAGCUGCGCGUGCUCGCCAUGUACGAAUUCGAGCCGCCGCUGACGAGUCAGGAGCUGGUGGGAGCGCUGCACGCCUGCGACAACCGCACGGAAGACGCCUACCAAUACCUCAAGGUGAGCCGCCGCCACCAACGCGCCAUUUCGAUCCCAGCGUCGGCGCCGCCAGCCACAACCAGCAGCAUGGGGACCCCGGAGCGCGAGCGCGAGAAGCGGCGCAUGAGCGCGUCGUCGGUGGACGCGAAUGUGACGCCCAGCAAGAGGCGCAAGGAGCACAACAGCUUUGCGCUCAUGGACGCAGAGGAGAAGAGCGAGGGAGAAGAGGAGACGCACACACACGAUAAGGACGCGACGCUGGACACCCAGCAGGACUCGGAGAUGGCCCCCACUGGUGCGGACUGUGCCAGAGCGCAGCAGUUGCUGCUGCAGACCGUGGAAGAUCGUGUGGCUGGUCUCCAGCCGCUGCGCAACCCGGACUGGGCGAAUGACGUGUGGACAACUCUGCAGGUCUCUGAUACGCUGGAGCUGGUCAUGCAUCUCAACUUGACAGUGGACGCUUUGGCCACCUGGGUGAAGGAUGUUGGCACGCAGGACGCGCAGGAUAUUCGGACGAGGGGUGCAGUGCUGACCGUUGAGGUUGCGGCCAGCUUGCCUCCAAAUGUAGCCAAUGCGACUGACUCGGUGGCGUGCUCGCCGAAAGAUGAGGUGUUGUCGAAGAAAGACGAAGAGGUUGCAGCUUUGGUGCAAACAGAAACCCAGAUGGCUGAGCUGAGUGCUUAUGCACGCGCCAAUGCUGCGAAGAGUGCCAUCGAGUGUCUGUCAUCGGCCUGCAAGGCGUACAUGGAUCGGCUGAACUGGUUCAACCAGACAAAUGAGAGGAACAGCAAAGACAGCACGGAAGUGGAGGGCGCACUUGAGACGCUACACCAGAAGCUUGCUGCGUUGUCGGACAAGAGCAUUCGUGACGUGAAGGAAGCGGAGGGGACGUUGGUAGAAGCCAAGCAGACGAAGGAAACUCGAUCGAAGCAAAUUCUAGUGUUUGUAAAGAAGCGCCAUGAAGAACUCAUCGCUGAAGGGGAGACAGAAGCUUCGGCGAGCCUCCAGUCUGUGGUUGAAGUCUGGAAGCGAGACGACGUCGAGGUGCAGGCACUCUGGACAUCUCGUAGUGAGAGUGAACAGCGCGUGAAGAAGUCGGCGCAGGCGUUGCAGGUUGCCAAUCAUGCGUUGGCUUUUCACAAGAACUUGAGCAUUCUGUUCCGAAAGGUUCGUGAGCGACGUGAAGAAGCACUGAAGAACUCCUGCAAGUCGUAUCAGGAAGCGCGCACGGCUUCGAUGGCCCGCGCGACAGCGGCGUUGGAAACGUUUAUCCCGAUGCUGGCGCGUGCGCUUUGCCGCUACUACGAAUUCCACUCGAUCCAACAGUCCAAGGCCAAGGAGGAAUUGCAAGAACAGGAGAAGGCGCUCGCAGCCCACAACGAGUAUUUUGGCGACUCUGCACCAAUCAAGAAGGGCGACAUUGAGCGUCGUAUUCGCGAAUUCAUUGGCGUGACGCAGAGCUCCACGCAAGUGAUCAUGGAGAUUGCAGAGGGUCAGCAGCAGUUAUGGGAGGACAAGCAGUCGGUGCUACCUGAGUCGGUGCGCCUUGUACUGAUUCGCGAGUUCAAGGCGUUAUGGUUGGAGCUGAGCGGGUCGAUGCGGGAUGUUAUGAAGAAGUUUGUCACAACUAUUGAGCUAGCGGCAGGGGGCGUCGUGGCGGUCGAGCCCCUCCAACAGUCCUCAUCUCCGGUGUUUGUUACGGUGACAAAUAACAUGGACGAGCAGGUCAUCCCGGCAUUUACGGUGCCAGCAUUCACAAACAGCCACAUUGAAGCGGUCACGCCGUACAGGACGGCGAUUUCGGCGAUUGUCGCGCCAAAUGAGGUCAAGAGUAGCUCCAGUUCCCCCAAGGCACCAAGCGAGCCUAGCAGCGAGCCAGCGACGCAGCCGGGCUCGAAUAGCUGGGCUAAUGCUGCGGCAACCGCGAGCAACGAGACCAGAGUGCCCUCUACGUUUCCUGAAGUACCUGAGCCGCGCAAACAGCGCCACGAGUUUUCCGUGGGAUCGAUCCUAUACUCGAAGAUUACCGUGGGCGAAAGCUGCACGCAGUUUGUCCGCGGUGUGGUGCUCAAGCAGCUGGACAACGACAUGUACCUGAUGCAGUAUGACAACGGCGACAAGUUCUCCGUGGGCAGCUCCUUCCUUUUCACCCAAGACCUGAUGGAAAAGAGUCUGAAAGCUGGUGGCGCGACGGCUCCUGCUGACCAGGAUACUGAAAUGGAGGAUGCCGAGCACUCUGGCUUCAGCGCGGAGAGCGCCGCCGCCCACGCGUGGCAGGAGAAGUUCGAGCAGCUGCAGAACGAGCUGGUGCUGGCGCAGUACGAGGCGCAGAAGUGGAAGGAGAAUAGUCCAGACCACACGGCCAAUCUGUUGAGUCCGACGCUGUCGUCUUUCGACUUUGAUGACGAUUCCAGUGAAGAUGACAGUGACGACAGUUGCGGCCAAGCUCCGGGCACGCCGCCGCCACUUGUGGAUGCGACGAGAAAUGAGUCGGAAGUUGUGACAGAAGGAGAAGAUGCCAAGCCGGAGACGAUACGCCGCCCGACUCGAACCAGUGACCGAAGCGAACCGUUCAACCCGUCGAUUGCACUGGAGCUGCGAGACCGGCAGUCGCUCAUGUAUCAUCUUAAUGCUGUAGGAGCCCCGGGAAGAGUGAACCGGUCGUCAACUACAGGUUCUGCACUGGAGGCGGUUGGUGGAUCGUCGCAGCGAAUGAUGGACGGGAAGAACGGAGUCGACGGUGACCACUCACAGCAGCAACACCUCAUGUACCGCAUCAUGUAUGCUAAGCCGUCAUCGCGCGAUAUUUGGCACGCGCGAGCCCACCCGCACAAGCUGCAGAAUGUGGCGCGUUCAAUCAUGUUUUCCAUGCACCUCAAGAAGGAGCACAUCUUCGAACGGUUUUUCGUUACGGGCAUGGCUCUCAGCGAGACGGAACGACAGCAUCAACCGUCUGGGCUCGCUGGCUACUGGAAACCUAAACUACUCUUUGACUACCCGAACCGAAUUAAUGACCCUCCUGAUGAAUCCGUCGCCGACUUUUGUUUUCCACGUGGUGUACCUCUGAUGAUGUGUACCCCCGAGCAAGCGGCGUCUAUCCGAGGCGUAGCAGUGUCCAAGUGGUUCACCGAGAUCGAGCCCCUCCAGAAGCAUAUCAAGGAGGCCCCUGAAACCAGUGGCUAUACUUUUCGUCUUACCGGUGCGAAGGGCGAAGUGCUGUAUGGAUUUUGUGUUGCAGUGAUGAAGGAUGUAACAACGACAGAAAGCGCAUCCAGUAGCGUCGCAGCACCGAAGAGCCCUCGUUCGAGCUGGACUCCCAGCUGGCUUAGUGGGAACUCCUCGUCACCAUCUAGCAAAGGGAAUCGGUCGGCCAUGACGAGCAAAAUGGCACCUGUAUGCUACUGCUUCACCAGCAAAUUCCCGUUCUACCGCUUCCAUUUUGCGGUACUACGGGCGAUCAUUGAAAACGAAACAGAACAGCAGAAAAUGUCAACCAACGAACCAGGGGCUGAAGCCAGCGAAGACGAGCAAUUUGAAAUUGUCUUAAGGCCGUUGCUGGAUCUCGCAAUGGAAUUCACGAUUUAUCACGAAGAAAAUCCGCGCUUACGAGAUCGACCAAAUGAUGUGGAGACGACCGAUCAACCCAACCUGGCUUCAAUUGCUUCAAAACUGAACGUGUCUUCAGCUGAGCAACGUGCGGUACUAAGCGAGGAUACGAACAUUAGCCUGAGCAAAAAAGAAGACACUCAGGCGAAUAAUGAGACGAGAAGACGCCCAAGCCAGCUUCGGAAAAGUCUCAGCACCGACGACAUCGGCAACUACAACGGGACUAACGCGUGGAUUAUGGAUAAACCCAUGGUGAAGAGCAUUGACGCUACUCGACCAAAGGAAUAUGAUCGGGUUAUCGUUGGCGACAUUUUGGAAGCAGUCGACAGUAUCGCGACAGCAUCAAUGACCUUCGAGCAAACGAUGACACUGCUUGAAAAAGGAAAUAGACCAAUGCGUUUGCGUUUUCGAAGACCUCACUCCUCGACAGCACCAAAAUCUCCGACCAAACGAUCGAAGUACCGGCGGUGCUUAUCAGCCUCUUCUAUCGACAUUUUACAUCGAGCACGUCGAUUCAAGAUCAGCGAUCCUGGGCAUUGGUCGACCACUCGAUUUCCAUCGUACGACUUUAGUUACCAGUUUCCGAAGCGCCAUUCGGAUCGAUGGGCGAUUGGUGUCGUGUUACGAUUCCUGACGCCGGACAAAGUGGUGGAAAUUAUGGCCUACUUGCUGCUGGAGAAGCAGGUUGUGAUCAUGGGUGACAGCCCCGCCAAAGUAUCUGCGGUCUGCACGGCACUUUUGCUUCUGCUCGCUCCGUUCCAGUGGCAAUCGACAUACAUCCCGUUAUUGCCAUCAGGGCUACUGGACUUCCUCCAUUCCCCCGUGCCGUUCCUCGCUGGAUGCCACUCGCUCAACGAAACCUCGGAAUGGUCCGAUGUGUGCUUUUACGACAUCGACAGAGAUCGCAUCGCGGUGCCAGCUGUGACGAGGCAUUUGGGUCCCACUUCCAUCCCGAAUGGUGUAGAACUGUGCCGCCUCCUUCGGAAAGCGAAGGAACGAUUUUGCGCUCUGCGUCCCACGGGGAAACCAUGGUACGAGCUCUCCGACGAGCAAGACACGAUCAUUACGCUGACGAUGCAGGAGGCGGAGAUUUUCCUACGUGAUAUGGGCUUCGACAUUUCUUCGCAGGACUUGGCGGCUUCGAUUUCAGGUAGGCGCCAAGCGCAUGAAGGUGUUUAA